AUGCAGAGGAGCAGUGGCAUCAAUAAUCUGCAUAUCCCGACUUCGCCAAUGUCUUUCUCUUCGAAUGGCAUUAACCUGCCUGGAUCAAUGGUUCUUGAUGGAUCUCCUUCAAUGCAACACUUACCUCAGCAGCAGCAGCGGCAACUACUAGAACAGCAAGCAGGACAAGGUUCAGUUCCAAUGAGGGAAAACAGUUAUUCCCAUGUAGAUAAGAAACUGAGAUUAGAAGUGAAGCAAGAAGACUUGUUGCAGCAGCAGAUUUUACAGCAGUUGAUCCAGCGCCAGGACCCCACGGGAAGAAAUCCGCAGAUGCAAGCUUUGCUUCAGCAGCAGAGAGUGAGGCAACAUCAGCAGAUGCUUCAAUCCAUGUCACCCUCUCAGAGACUCCAACUUCAGAAACAGCAGCAGCUGAGACAGCAGUUACAGCAACAAGGAACCCAACAGAUUUCUCCUAAUGUACGUCCUUAUGAAGUUGGCGUCUGUGCUCGGAAAUUGAUGAUGUACUUGUAUCAUCUGCAGCAACGGCCUGCUGAAAAUUGCAUUACUUAUUGGAGGAAAUUUGUGGCAGAAUACUUCUCACCUCGUGCAAAGCAGAGGUUGUGCUUGUCACAGUACGAAAGUGUUGGGCACCAUGCCCUUGGCAUGUUUCCACAGGCAGCUCCGGAUAUGUGGCAGUGUGAUCUUUGCGGCACUAAGUCUGGAAAGGGAUUUGAGGCUACUUUUGAUGUGCUAGCCAGACUUAUUGAAAUAAAAUUUGCAAGUGGCAUCAUUGAUGAGCUCUUAUAUCUUGACCACCCACGAGAAAACAGAUUUCCCAAUGGACUGAUGAUGCUAGAAUAUAGAAAAGCAGUUCAGGAAACUGUACACGAGCAGUUUCGUGUUGUUCGUGAGGGCCAUCUUCGUAUCAUAUUCUCUCCAGAUCUGAAGAUACUGUCUUGGGAGUUUUGUGCUCGGCGUCAUGAAGAGCUUCUUCUUCGCAGGCUUAUUGCUCCGCAGGUGAACCAGUUGCUUCAGGUUGCUCAGAAAUGCCAGAGCACGAUUUCUGAGAGUGGUUCACAGGGAGUUUCUCAGCAGGAUAUACAGUCAAACAGUAACAUGGUCUUGGGAGCAGGGAGGCAGCUGGCAAAGUUCAUGGAAUUACAGUCGCUCAAUGAUCUUGGCUAUCCAAAAAGAUAUAUCAGAACUCUACAGAUAUCUGAAGUAGUCAAGAGCAUGAAGGAUCUGAUGAAUUUCACUGGCGAGCACAAAGUCGGCCCUCUCGAGGGGUUAAAACAGCUUCUGGAACAGACGGCGACAGUGAAGCUUCAGAGACAGAAAAUGCAAGAGAUGGAGCAGUUUGGGAAUAGUGGAGCAAUGAGUGGGCCAGCUCAAGCUCAAAUGACUUUAUCUUCAGGAACGAUGAGCGGUUCAACUGCCAACAACAACUCCAAUAAUCACCAUCAAAUUGUUGGUCGUGGAGCUAUGAAUGGGUCACCUCAAGCCACAGCAGCUCUGACCAACUACCAAAGCAUGCUUAUAAGGCAAAAUGCUAUGAAUAACCAAAACUCAAAUACGGGCAACCAAGAGGGGUUCUCGAGUCAGAACCCAACGCUGAACUCAAACCAGAGUCCAUCUUCUUCAUCGCAGCAGAGGGAGAACUUAGCUACAAGUGGAUUUCCCAGCUCUCCUCAAAUGCAACAGCAGCAGCACAUCCUGAAUGGCACUCCCAACAUGCUUCCGCAGAAUCAUCCUCAUCAGUUGCAAUCGCCACAUUCACAUGGUAACACUCAGGAGCAGCAGAUGCUUCAUCAGCUGUUGCAGGAGAUGACUGAAAAUGGAGCGAGUGUGGAACAGCAACAGGCCUUUCCGGGUCAAAGUGGUAGCAAUAAUAACACCGAGAGAAACACAACUGCCUCUACUUCCAAUAUCUCAGGAGGAGGCCGAGUUCCAAGCCGCAUCAAUAGUUUUAAAGCAUCUUCAAACAACAACCUUCCUUUUUCAGAAGAUAUAUCGGUUACGGACCAUGAUUUCUCAGAAGAUGGCUUCUUCAACAACAGUGAUAUCUAUGGUGGCUUGUAAUAUCCAAACAACAGAUGCAUUGGUACUUUGACUAACACAGUGAAAGAGAGUGUAGGCUUAUUGUUCUCAUUUAGGUUGGUUUGGUCUUUCAUCUUUGUAUAGAAACCUCAGUGAUAUGAGAGACCAAAGGAGUUUGUGAUUUGCUGUAACCUACGGUCUACCGACCCAUAGACACUAGAUUUUUGUUUUUGUUUUUUGUUUCUCUGCCCUUUUAGUGAUAGUGGGGUGAAAUCUUAGAUUAUGAUUUCUGCUAACACACUAUGAAGUAAUCAUAUUCUUUGUUUUUGCUUUUACUUUGAUAACGAUCUGUUAAUAGAAAAGCAUCUUAAGUUGCUCAUCC